CAGUAAGGGCUUUGUCUUGUCCGCAUAGCGAUCCAAUUAAUGGCGAUGGCGACUCAUAUCGUAUGGCGGGUCGGUCAAGUCAAUCCCCAAAAGCAGGAGCUGAUCAGCAAGCAAGAGCAAAACCACGCAAUCUUCAUCGUCCAUUUGCCUGUGGGAAGAGGAUUCAGGAAUGCCGCUGCUCCUCUCUUCAGAUUUUCCACAAUUGAACCCAAAAGUCCACUGCCCUCCCUCUCAGUCAACUAUUGAUUCAUGCCUCCUUCGUUGACUGCAUCCUCCUCUCCUCCAUUAUCGUUGCGAUUUUGCAGUAGCGUGUGCCCCUCUCUCGAUUCAGCGCCGGAGAUUCGAGCUCUCGAAAAUUCUGGGGUUUUGUAGGUUUGUAAAUCUGAUGAACUGUCUAUGGAACUGCUUAAAUAGACUUUGCAAGUGAUUUCGUGGAGUUCUAAACUGAUUGAAAACAGCUGAUCUGAUACACUUGGGAAAUCUCAUCAAAACAUGUGGCUUGUUCUGUGCUCAACAUCUUGAUUUCUGUCGAAUUCUUGCAUCCAUAUUCGAGCUAUGGCGGGUGCGCUUCCGUCGAACUUUAGAUUUUCGCCGUCUCAUGUUAUCAUCCUCAUUUGGUUGGUCGUAGCCGCGCCUUGCAGCAACGCCGACCAAUUUGAUAUCGAUUGUCUUCAGUCGAUUAAAAGGUCAUUUCAAGACCCGUUGGAUUCCUUAUCUUCGUGGAAUUUCAGCAACACUACGGAAGGAUAUAUCUGCAAGUUCAAUGGGGUCGAGUGCUGGAACGAUGGUGAGAACAGGAUUAUAAAUAUUAAGCUCUCCGACAUGGGACUACGCGGUGAAUUCCCACAGGGGAUUUCCAAUUGUCACUCGAUGACUGGUUUGGAUCUCUCUCGAAACAAUAUCACCGGGACGAUUCCGAACGACAUUUCGAAAUUGGUACAUUUUCUCACUCUUCUUGAUCUCUCCGGCAAUCAGUUGACGGGAGAGAUCCCUUCGAACAUUGCGAAUAUUUCAUUCCUUAAUGUCCUACACCUCGACGACAACCAGCUGACGGGUCGUAUCCCUCCUGAGAUCGGAUUGCUUCCUCGAAUAACGACGUUCACCGUGACAAGAAACCGGUUGACAGGACCAGUUCCGCACUUCGUGAACCCUAAUGCUACUAUUCCGGCGUCUAGCUAUUCCGACAAUGCCGGAUUAUGUGGUCCUCCUUUGCCUCCUUGUCGAGGUAAGAAAGCUCGUAUGUCGACUAUCGUCGGAGCUGCUGUCGGUGGAUUUGUUGUUGCUGCAUUGGCUAUUGUUAUCGGUUUGUAUUAUUAUUCCCGAAAGGUUUACCGGAAAAAGAAGGAAGAAGAUCCUCUCGGGAACAAAUGGGCGACGAGCAUCAAGGACGCCAAGCGAAUCAAGCUUUCGAUGUUUGAGAAUUCGAUUUCAAAGAUGAGCCUGAGUGAUCUCAUGAAGGCUACAGACGAUUUCAGCAACGUAAAUAUAAUCGGGUCCGGAAGAACCGGGACGAUGUACCGGGCGAUUCUCGGAGACGGGACGUCUCUAAUGGUGAAGAGACUAAAGGACACUAAACAUUCGGAGCAAGAAUUCGUGUCGGAGAUGGCUAUCUUAGGUAAUAUAAAGCAUCGUAAUUUGGUUCCUCUUUUAGGUUUCUGCGUGGCGAAGAAAGAACGACUCUUGGUCUACAAGUACAUCCCGAACGGAACCUUAUACGAAAAGCUACACGUGAUCGACGACGACGCCAAAACCAUGGCAUGGCCUCUUCGACUCAAAGUCGCGAUCAUGGCUGCAAAAGGGUUCGCGUGGCUGCACCACAGUUGCAAUCCGCGGAUCCUCCAUCGAAACAUUAGCUCGAGCUGCAUUCUACUCGACGACGAUUAUGAACCGAGGAUAUCCGACUUCGGACUCGCUCGCCUCAUGAACCCUAUCGACACGCACCUGAGUACUUUCGUGAACGGCGAAUUCGGUGACUUGGGCUACGUCGCGCCCGAAUAUUCUCGUACUCUCGUCGCAACCCCGAAAGGGGACGUCUACAGCUUCGGCGUCGUGCUAUUAGAAUUAGUCACGGGGGAGAAACCGACGUUUGUGUCGAAAGCCCUGGAGGGCUUUAAGGGAAAUCUUGCGGAGUGGAUAUCGAAGCUGUCGAGCGACGGAAAGCUUAACGAUGCGAUCGACGAGUCGUUGGCGGGGAAAGGUUUCGACGGCGAGGUUUACCAGUUUCUUAAAAUUGCUUGUAGGUGUGUUUUGUCGGCGCCGAAGGAGAGGCCGAGUAUGUUCGAGGUUUACCAGCUGCUUAGGGCAGUCGGGCAGCGGUACGACUUCUCGACGGAGGAUGAUCUGUUGGUGCUGCCGGAGGACGGCGGGAACGCCGAUCGGGUUGUCGAGCUGAUAGUCGCUCGGGACGGGUAGGAAAGGUGAAAGGUACGUUCGAGUUUAGUUUUUGUCGAUAUGUUUUGAUGUCUGAUCGAAUUUGAUAUGAAUUUAGAGAAAUACAGUGGAAAAAGUUGGGAUUUUUUAGACAUUUUAAGUUAGAAGAAACUUUGAUGUGCAAAUUCAGUGGGUUACAUUUACCACUGCAUCGUAUUUGGUGA